AUGGCCCUGUCGGAGGACUCCAUCGAGAUGCCCGCCUUGGGCCGCCCCUUCCAGCUGGGGAUGCUCUACGACUGCCGGAAGGAAACCCUCAUCCCAGGGAUCACCCUUUGGGACCUGGACUCCCUUAAGAAGGAUGUGAACACCAGUCAUCAACCGAAAACGGACUUCGAGAUAAUUGCAUCUGACUCCAUUGAUGACAAGGCCUCUGCCCUCAGUGUCUCAGCCUCCCUCAAGGCGAGUUUACUGGUAGGACUGGUUGAACUGGAAGGCUCUGCCAAGUUCCUCCAAGAUACCAAGACCUCCAAGCAACAGGCCAGAGUCACCUUGCAGUACAAAGCCACCACCAGGUAUGAGCAGCUGACCAUGAGCCACCUGGGAGUCCAGAAUGUCUCUCACCGAGAGGUCUUUGACCAUGGCAUGGCAACCCAUGUUGCCACGGCCAUCUUGUAUGGAGCCCAGGCUUUCUUUGUAUUUGACCGAGAAGUUUCCUCUUCCGAGUCUGUGCAAGAGAUAGAGGGUAAUCUCCAGGCUGUGAUUAAAAAGGAAAUAUCCAUCAGUGGAAAUGCAGACUUAAAGAUGAAAAGUGAGGAAAAAUCCCAGACUGAGAACUUCAGCUGCAAGUUCCAUGGAGAUUUUUCUCUAGAGAGCAAUCCAGUGAGUUUCCAGGAUGCCAUGCAAGUGUAUUCCACUCUUCCCAAAAUGAUGGGAGACGAUGGAGAGAAAGCUGUGCCCAUAAAGGUCUGGCUGUACCCAUUGACCAAGAUGGAUUCCAAGGCAGCCAAGAUGGUGCGAGAGAUCAGCCUAGCACUCAUCUUUGAUGCCCAAAAAGUUCUGGAGGAACUCAGUGAAAUUGACAUGAGAUGUAGUGACCUGGGGAAGAAUUCCAUUGCGAACACUUUCCCAGAAAUCAAGAAGAAGAUCCAGCAUUUCAAGGACCUCUGCAAGCAGCACAGGCAGACUUUCCAGAAAGAGCUGGCUGGAAUCUUGCCUUCCAUCCGGGGAGGAGACAAAGAGGAAGGAGCCCUGGCCGACAUCUUGAGGGCUGUGAACGAGUCCCCCUUCAACAGCCGAAAUCUCCAGGAUUUUCUGAAGAUGAAGGAGCGAGAGGUGGAUUUUGUGCAAUCUUACUGUGCAAACCUAAGUGAGAUAGAAGUCAUCCCCUCUGAGAGCAAACUCAAUCAAAUAGUGCUUGACCGACAGAAUGAAUUUGUCCUUUGCUUUACAUUCACUUCUUUACAUGAAGAGGGGCCAUUUAUAGCCAAUUUACAACAUUAUCUUCAUAAAGAAGGUUUGGAAGAAAAAGCUAAUUCCAAAUGGCAGACCUGGUUUGAGUGUAAACAUAUAUCCCAAAAAGCUCGGAAAGCUGCCAGAUCCAUUUCAGACUUUUCCUGUGUCAAUAAGUCACAUGGGAAGCUGCGGUUUGUUGUGGCCUCUGUGCCAGACAAGGACAACCCAGGAGCUUCUGUUUACUUGUAUGAAGAUGGGGAUCUGGUCAGCUGCAGCUUUGACCUUCCCUCAAAACCUCUCCCUCUUCUUGUUACUGGAAUUAGACAUGACAGUGUACAGCUGACCUUUCAACCAGCCGAAUACGGGAGAGAGAAUAUCACCAGCUAUCAGGUAGAGUACAGGGCUGAAGGAGAAGAGAACUGGAAGAUUGUGAAUACGGAGAGCAGCCAGGAGACCUUCCUACUGAGAGGUCUAAGCCCAAACAGGCAGUAUCAGUUCCAAUACGCUGCCAGGUGCAAGCCGGGACUCAGUGAGACCACCAACAUCACCACGUCUGUGAAGACUCUUCCCGUUGGACCUCCUGGGAAGCCCAGGAAAGUGAGUGUGGGAUCCUCUGUGAUUUUUGUUUCCUGGGGGAGUCCCAGUGCUAUUGGUGUGGAUGUUGUUAUAAAGGAGUACAAAGUGGAGUACAGAGUUGGAAAUGAGAAUAGUGAAGGCAAAGGUGAAUGGAAUGAAAGAAGGACGGGGAGAAAAAUAGAAUUCUUCCAGAUUAAUGGGCUGAGUCCUCAGUCACUCUACAGACUCCGAGUGUCCGCAGUGUGUGCCGAUGGGGCUCAGAGUGUUCCCAGUGAAGAAGUGGAGGUUUCUACAUCCCAGGAUGAAGAAGAAAAGGACAGAUUAGUUGAAAAAUACCUCCCAAAAAGCAGGCUGGUGGUAAGAGGACCACCAUCCAUCUAUGUUCUUCCAUUAAAGGUGACAUCAGAUGAUUCAACAUCCUGUCUGAAAUAUCUUCUUGGAGAAGAGAACUCAAGGGUCCCCAACAAAGUCAUCAUGGUGAUGGGAGCAACUGGGUCAGGGAAGACCACCCUCAUCAACGGGAUGGUCAACUACAUCCUGGGCGUCCAAUGGGAAGAUGAAUUCCGAUUCACACUCAUCCAUGAAGAGACCCACAGAAGCCAAGCUGAAAGUGUAAAAGUGUAUGUGUUGCAUUAUCAGGAGGGAUUUCAGAUCCCCUCUUCCCUCACAAUCAUUGACACCCCAGGAUUUGAUGAUACAGAAGUAAUAGAGCACAACCUCUUGUCAAAGAAGGAGAUCAGGGACUUUUUGUCUAUCUUGUCGGACAUCGACCACCUGGAUGCCAUCUGCCUUGUGCUGCAGGCCUCUUUGUCUUGCUUAACACAUGCCCAGAGAUACAUGUUUGAAUCUUUGCUCCCCAGUCUGGGGAAGGACAUGAAGGACCACAUCCAAGUCCUGGUCACCUUUGCAGAUGGACAGACCCCUCCUGCCCUGGAGGCCAUUGGAGCAGCCCAUGUGCCAUGUGCCAAAGAUGCCAGCGGGACUCCCAUCCACUUCACGUUCAAUAACUCUGCACUCUUUGCCAACAAUACGGUAAAGAGUGGAGGCAGCUGUAACUUUGCGGAGAUGUUCUGGAAAAUGGGCUGCAUGAGCAUGAAGGUUUUCUUUGAUUCAUUGUACACAUUACAUCCUAGCAGUAUGAUUUUUUUGAAGAAAGUCCUCCAGGAAUUGAAAAGAAUGGAAGCUGUUUGGAGGACUCUGGAUGAACGCAAAGGUGAGACGUUGUCAGGUCAACAAUGGGCUGCAUGA